UGUCACAGUGACAAUAUAUUGGAGUUGAAAGCACCCAUCUUUUCAUGUCUUAAUUGUUUCAUCAGACUAUCACUCACUAUACUACUAGUACUAGUACUAAAUUUCACUCAAUUGUUAUUUUUCUAUCAUAAAUAUUUCUAAUUUCUUGCAUUUUCUACUCCAUUAAUAAUCUUACCUCUACUAUUACUCAAUAUUUUAGAGAAAUCUUACCUCUACUAUUACUCAAUAUUUUAGAGAGAGAAACAAGCUACAAGAGAGUUGGUUGUUUGCAAAUAAAGAUGGGUUCUUUGGGAAGUUAUGAAGGAAUUGAAGCUAAGAAAGCAAUGUGGUUGUAUCCAAAGGUGGUUGGCUCUAAUCCUUCUGAAAGAUGGGGGCAUACUUCUUGUUUCUACCAGGGCCAUGUUUAUGUUUUCGGGGGAUGUUGUGGGGGUAUGCAUUACAGUGAUGUAUUAGUACUAAAUCUAGAUACAGUGUGUUGGACAACUCUAGUGACCACCGGCAAGGGGCCGGGUCCGAGAGAUAGCCACAGCGCCACGCUGUGGGGGAACAAAAUUAUAGUUUUUGGGGGUACAAAUGGUUCUAAGAAGGUCAAUGACCUCCACAUUUUGGACCUUGACUCCAAGGAGUGGAUCCAACCCUUGUGUUCGGGUGCUUACCCUUCAGCACGAGAGAGCCACACCGCCACCUUAGUUGGUGACGAUCAAUUACUCGUGUUUGGUGGGAGUGGAGAAGGUGUAGGGAACUACUUGAAUGAUUUGCAUUUUUUGGAUCUUAAGACCAUGACUUGGACUUCCCCUAUAUUGAAGGGUGAUGCCCCUCCACCUAGAGAUAGUCACAUUUGUGUUGUGGUUGGGAGGAAAGUCUUUGUGUAUGGCGGUGAUUGUGGGGACCGCUACCAUGGUGAUGUGGACGUGUUUGAUAUCGAUACCUUGAUGUGGUCAAGGUUGGAAGUUCGAGGAGCUUCACCUGGAAUGAGGGCAGGACAUGCUGCUGUCAGAAUUGGGACUAAGGUUUAUGUUAUAGGCGGAGUUGGAGACAAGAGAUACUACAACGACGCUUGGGUCCUUGACACGAUGUUAUGUUCAUGGUCUAUGCUUGAGAUUUGUGGCCAGCCACCUCAAGGGCGAUUUUCUCAUACAGCAAUUGUUAUAGACUCUGACAUAGCCGUAUACGGAGGGUGCGGAGAGGAUGAACGUCCUUUAGGGGAACUCCUAAUAUUGCAACUUGGGAAUGAGCAUCCAAAUGGUCGUUACAACAUUUCAAUGUGCAAGAGCUUCGGAAAUCAAAGAAACCAACGAAGGAGAAGAGGUCAAUCAGAUACUCAGAGGCAGAAGACAAUGCUGUUAGGUAGUUGUAUAGAAACUGAGAAGACAGAUGCAAAUGAGCUAGACACUACACACACCAAGAGAAGGAGAACCAUUCAUGCAAACACAUGGGAGCGGGAAACAGAACAAGAAGAGCAUUCUCUUUCCGUGUCACAAAACUCCUCUCCGUCUCAAUCUGAUCAAGAGCAAACAACUGUCCAAAACCCAACUUCUUCCACACCAAUACCUCAAAGUUUCCCAUUCCACUCCAUAAAUCAACCAAACAAACCUCCAAGGCAAACACCACAAAAUCUGCCCGACGUCUACAUCCUAGGGGAGCAUCGACCUAACCAAAGACCCGCACAUUCCUUACAGUUAUCUCAUGCAGUUAAAAGUGAAGUUGAGUUUUUAACAGCAGAGGGGAGACACCUUAAUCAAAGCAUUUCUCAAAACUUGAUUGGAGCUGAAGUGCAUGGGAAAGUGGAUGGGUCAUUCGAUUCUGGUUACCUGAUGACCGCGAAUGUUAAUGGGAGAAUAUUUAGAGGAGUCCUGUUUGCUCCUGGACCAAAUACCUUGUGUAAAGGAGCAAAUCGGAGCCAAAAUAGCUUUGGUCAAAUUCCAGGUGCUCAGCAAUGUACAAAUUCCAAUAGAGGAUCCCCUUUUGGAAAGAGUUCAAUCUUUAAACCUCUAAAAAACCCCGGUGCAGGAUUCAGCCAUGAGAUCGGUCAUGGCAACAUGGAUCGCCCCUCGCCCAUCUUUCAAGCUCUUCCAAGAAAGGAUCAAGUGUUAAGGGAGAGAAGUGAUCUCCAAGGGGUGGUUCUAUCACUAGGAGGACCCGGAAGUAGUCAUGUAUAAAUUUGUGUUGAUGAUAGUAUGCCAUUUUGCUAUGGUGUUUGCCAUUUGUUGUGUUGCCUAUAAUCGUUUUGAGAAGUUUAGGAUAAAUUCAUGUGUUACCUUUUCGUGUUUGCAAUCUUGGCAACACUACCUCUAGCUA